AAACACACAUACUUCCUGUUUGGCACGUUCUACCAGGUGUGUCACACAAUGAGGGGGAGCAAGGGGUUUUCAACUUAUGUUGGCGGUUCUUGUGGCCCCAGCGUCCGUGUUUUACUUACUUACUGAACUCUGUAAAGCAGAAGGCCCGAUGUCAUUUGGUCUUCUUCUUUCUUGAGCAAUGUGUGAGUGUGGGGACAUAUUUACUCAGUGAUCUCCGGCUCAACCUGUCUGAUCAGUGCAUGCUGGCCGUGCAGGUAUGAACACACACUCAGCAAGUGCCUGAGAGGAGGCACCAGGAAGACUCUGAGAAAAUGCCGGGAUCACUACUUGGCAACGACUAAAAAACCAAAAGAGAACAUCAAGUGGCUUAAAGGAAAUUCUUCUUGCUGCUCUUCAACCAACCGAUGGCUCUGAGAUGCUAAUGUUGUACUACAGGCUCUGGGAUAUCCACGACGUUGCUGUGCUCUUUUGCUUCAUGUUGUACAUGUGUCACCGAGCCGAGGCCAUCACUAUCCAGUCCCCCCAGAGCAGCCUAACCCAGUCUGUGCAGGAGGACGUGUUCUUCUCCAUGAACGUGACCUGCAAUGGCACCCCCACCAUCCAGUGGACCUUCAUGUCCAGCUCAGUGAGCCGCGCCAUUGGGAUCUGGCAGCCAGGCGCCUUCAUCAAUAUCACUGCCGACUAUAGCAGCCGCGUGGAGGCGCACGACAACGGCUCCAUGGUCCUGUCGGAUCUGCAGCUGCAGGACACCGGUUACUACGUGGUGACCAUCACCGACAAGACAGGCGACAGCAAUCAUGCCGGAUUUGUCCUGAAAGUCAACGAGGUUCUUUACGAGGACCUGCAGUACCUGUCGGUGUCAGCCUUGGCGCUGGGCUGCUUGGCAGCCAUCCUCAUGCUGGCCAUAUGGCUCUUGGACAAAGCCUACACCAAGAUUGUAGCGUGGCGACGGAGGCAGGAGAUGCCAGCAAAUGACGCAACGGAGCUGCAGCCUCUUUGAGACGUUUGCCCAGAUUACUUUUUCCACAUGGAAUAGGAAGGACCGUCUUUUUUUUUUCUUCAACGCAAUGGCUUUGGUGUAUGAAAACUGAGACUGAGGCGCAUGAUUGUUCUUUCUUUUAUUUUUUUUUAUACGUGUUCAUCACUGUAAAUAUAUUUAUUGCCAGAGCAUAAGUGAUUGUUUGGAGUAACUGCCUGCUCACUAGGUCACUUGUGUCUUCCCCUUGCACACAACAUUGGUCCUGUGACAUCAACAGAGCCCAAACAACAGAGGCUCUCAAACCUUGUGGGGCUCGGGAUCCCAUACAAGAAAUACAAUUCUCAAAUUACCAAAUAAUAAACAUCACAAACCAUGGAUACAUAUUUAAAAAUCUAAAUGGCAUAGGAAUUAAAACAAAAAUGGCGGCGGGAGGGGGGGGGGGUCAAGUCUUGGUAUCUUUUUAUAUACCGUAGUAGUCAAGUAUUAAGUAUUGUAGUCAAGGUUUAACAAGGGAAGAAAGUUGUAUUUUAAUGAGAGAAUAACAUUUCCGGAGAAAUUGCAUGUGAAUGCUCAAGAGCUGAGAAAUGUGAAAUUCUGUUACAUGAAUUGUUGAAAAUGAGAUUUUAAUUUGGAAUGGUCGGAAUUGGCCAAGAAAUGUGAGAAGGUAAAUCUGUAGAAUAGGUCUAGAUUGGGGAAUUUCAUUUAAAAAAUGUGGGAACUGAUCAAAUAGUUCCCCAGAUGUUCUGAAUGACCACAACAGUUUGAAAUUGGAAAAGCUACGUAAAAUAUCUAUUCACAUGGGGAUUUUAUUGUCCAAAUUUGGAGCAGGAAAAUAUGUAAAACAGUUGCUAAAUUUGGGAUUUUUACUGGGAAAAGUGUGUGAUUUGGGAAAAGUGGGAAUUGUGGAAGGUGGAAGAUAGUUCUCAAGAUGUUCUAAAUGUGUUGAGCCCUUUGAAUAUGAAAUGGCAAAGAUGGUGAGGCUUAUUUUGUUCAUUGUCUUAAUUUUGUUUAAAUUGGGCAAUUUUACUGUGAAAACAAAGAGAAUUUCGGGAAGAAGGGAAAUUUGAGAAUGUGGAAAUGGAAGUCGUGAUGUUUGAACGGCAUGAGAAAUGUAGAAGCAGAACAGAGUUAAAAAACAGUGGGGAGAGCAGUCAUUUAAAAUAUGUAACUUUUGGGGUAGAGUGAAAUGCGUGAUUGUUCUUCUGCAUUCACAAAGGUGAAUUUCUGAAAUACAACUUUAUUCUGGUAAAAUAAUGCCUUUCAUUCUCGAAUACUGAUAUAUUAUUGAAAAAUACACUUAUAUUAAAAAAAAGAAAUUACAAAAGGAUUGUAUGCUAAAGAUAUAUAUCUUGUUUCACUGAAAAUUUGAACUAUUCUGGAAAAAUCCAACUUUUAUCUAAAAAAAUAAGACCUUAUUCUCGAAAAUACAGCUGUAUUUUCAAAAUUAAAUAUUCACGAAAAAUACACUUAUCGUCUCGAGAAAUAAAACUAUUCUCAGAAAAUCCACUUGUCCCCUCCAAAAAAAAGGACUGUAUUCUUAAAACAAAUAUAUUUAAUAAAAAACAUACACCUUCACUACACAAUCAAAACAUACUUUAAUUUUCUACAAAAAUAGGAAUGUGUACUCAAAAAAGGCAACUUUAUUUCAAAAAUAUUAUUCUGAAAGUUUUUUCCUUAUUUUGGAGGAAAUAGUCUUGAAAAAUUAAACAAAUCUUACUAUACUUGAAAAAUACCUAUUGUCUCAUAAAAUUAGAUUCGAUUCUUGGAAAAUAUACCUUAUUAUCUAGAAAGACUAUUCUGAAAAAUAUAGCUUGUAUAUUUUUUUCUUUUAAAUGAUCAUUUCUGUUGUUGUAAAACCCCCUGAGUUUACUCAUGCAGGGGCGCCAAAUUUAAGUCAGAAUAAUAUCAGCUUUGAAAUGAACCAAAGGCUUAAGUACGGAGAAGUCAUUGGUUUAGAUAUGCACUUUUAAAUUUUUAAAUAAUUCAACAUAAUUUACCGGACCGCCACUUCUGCCCCACAGAUCCCAAGUUUGAGAACCACUGCAUUCGAAGGGCACAGAGGAACACAAGCAGACUUUUGGCUCUUUAUUCUCUCUGAAGGUCAACAGUGUACAAAUGUGAGCAGGCAGCCAACACAAGUCUUGUAAAUAUCCUCCUUGGAAGAAUAAAAGGGAAAGGGGCCUGGA